CAUCCUCCGAAUAACUUGCAGAUAGAACCUUCUCAGAAUUUUUUCAACUUAGUAGUUUGACAUAGUUCAUUAUUUUAUUGCUUAAAUUCUUGUCUAGUGUUUGUAUAAAUGGUCAUCCUGCAAAAGAUUUUGAAUUCCAAAUUAUGAAUAUAAUCCUUAGAUUUCAAUAUUUUCCUAUCGAAGGCUUAUGUCGAAUUAGUAUUGCUCCUUCUCGGAAAAUCUCCUUACAGCAAUCUCCAAGUGCAGUUUUCAUCCACCGCGAAGAAUCUGCUUUGUAGCAUCUAAAAGAUCUUGACAAGAACUAGAAGAAGCAUAUACGUAAGAACCGCUAUGAAAACCUUUUUUUUAUAAGAAACCAGGAAAAGACUUCUGAAUAUUUAUUUGUGGAAAGAAAAUUCUCGAAAGUUUUACCGAAUUCCCUUCAAAGACGAAUGUCUCCUUCAUAGUUCUUUUCUCCGCGAAAGAGAAAGAUCUCUUCAAUAACGAUGAUUCCUUUUCUUUUUCGUUCAUUGUAGGAAUUCCUAAUAUCUCAGUGAAUGCUCUAUGGGCACAGAAUGGAGUGACCGUUGCUGGAGGCCAUGGACAUGGCAAUGCUACCAAUCAACUCGACAAUCCUCUUGGUCUCUUUAUUGAUGAUGAUCAAACGAUGAUCAUCGCUCCCAUGUGGCAUGGUCGUAUCGUCCAAUGGAAGAUGGAUGACACGAAUGGACAAGUAGUAGCUGGUGGCAAUGGCCAAGGAAAUCGAUUGGAUCAAUUGGAUGGUCCAACCGAUGUGUUGAUCGACAAAGCGAUGGAUAGUCUCAUUAUUUGCGAUAAAGAGAAUCGACGAGUCGUACGAUGGCCUCGUCGUAGUGGCACAGCUCAUGGUGAAGUUCUUGUCCACGAUGUUAAAUGUUGGGGAUUGGCCAUGGAUGAUCAGAGAUAUCUCUACAUCUCUGACGAUGUAAAACAUGAAGUAAGACGAUAUCAAAUAGCAGACAAGAAUGGAACUAUUGUGGCUGGUGGCAAUGGUAGAGGUACUGAUCUCAAUCAACUCAACAGCCCGACCUACGUCUUUGUCGAUCAACAACAGACUGUCUACGUGUCAGACCGUGACAAUGAUCGUGUGAUGAAAUGGAAUAAAGGUGCAAAAGAAGGAAUUGUCGUCGCUGGAGGUCAAGAGGAAGGGAAUGCACUGACAGAAUUGUCAGGUCCUGAAGGACUAUUCGUUGAUACAUUGGGUACCAUCUAUGUGGCAGACUCGGAGAAUCAACGAGUGAUGCGUUGGCCUACAGGAGCGAAACAGGGCACUGUCAUUGUGGGUGGAAAUCGUCAUGGAGCAGGAGCAAAUCAGUUGGCGUCUCCCAAAGGUUUGUCAUUCGAUCGAUAUGGUAAUCUCUAUGUCGCCGAUAUGGUGAAUCAUCGUGUUCAACGUUUUUCUAUUGAAUAA